GGACGGGGUGGGGUUUGAGGGCUGGGGGGUGAGGGCCGUGGACCGUGUAGCUCGAAAGGUUAAGAAGAGGGGGGAUCUAAAGUCUCGCUUAAAAGGAUGCUGUGGGGGCUCCUCUCCUUAUUUGAGUCGUGGGGCCGGCUGUGGAUCUGCAUGGGGGGCACAACGCGACAUAGGGCAUCUGCCAAGAGGAGCCCUCCUGCGGUCAGCCACCUCUGUGAGGUGUGAGCCAGGGGCCGGAGGGGGUGAGAGUCUAGCACUUUUUGAGAGGGCUCUCCUCUAUCUCCUCUCCGCAAUGCCGCAAGCCUCUGAGCACCGCAUGAGCCGGGCGAGAGAGCAGUCGGUCAUCACCUCUCAGCCGAAAGCCACUUCCAAGCUCCCCAACGGACACCGAACCCCGAGCCAAGAGCACCGUGGCUGCUCCUCCUCCGCCUCCUCCAACGGACUUUCCGUGGCGUCCAAACUGCGCCCGUUGCCGCCCAGGCCGAGCCCGCUCGAUGACAGGGGCAAGAAGCUGGAGCUCGACCGAGGCCGGGCCUCCAAGCGCAGCGACACACUGCGCGCCUCUGCCUCCCGCCGCGGCCCCGUCAAGGCAGACCACGCCCUCAAGGUGCCUGGCUGCCCUCAGGCUGGCACCAUCUCCGGCAGCGCCUCCUUCACCAUGCCACCCGGCGUCCUCCUGGGCGGGCCUGACUCGGACCGCCGGAACGGAAACCUGCUGCGCUCCAAGUCGAUUAGUAUCGGCGACCUGAGCCAGUCCAGCAGCCGCGGGGAGGAGCAGCUGAGCGCCAUGUUGAACCGGCUUGCUCUCCGGGACCGCAGCCCAUCGUGCAGCCACAAACAUGGCCUGGGUGCCCUGGCCCUGAAGAGGAGCUCAUCUCUGCGGAGAGUCAACGUCACCCCCGGGGCAGAUGGGAGACCAUCGCCCACGCUGCUGUCUGUCCGCACGGAGGGCUGCCCCAGGACUCGCGCCCUCGACCCGCAGGCCACGGAAUACGCUCACUCCCAAGACGUCCCGGUAUCCACCAGCCCACCCCAGAGCAAGGGCCCUGUUCCAAGCAGGCUGGAGGAGAAGGCCACUGCUGCAGACAUGCACACACGCAGGAAUCUUCUUGGCAGGCGGCUAAGUAUCUCUAACAGAAUAGACAGCCACAAGAGUUCCCAGCAUUCCUUGGGGACGCAUCACACUCUCCUGCUGGGCUCUGGGCACAUAGGUCUCCGCAACCUUGGCAACACGUGCUUCAUGAAUGCUGUGCUUCAGUGCCUGAGUAGCACCAAGUCCCUGCGGGACUACUGCCUCCGUCGGGAAUUCCGGCAGGAACAGCCCAGCGCUCUGCGGACCCAGCAGGAGCUGACUGAAGCCUUUGCAGAUGUCAUUGCCACUUUAUGGCACCCCGAUUCCACGGAGGCCGCCAACCCCAGCCGCUUCAAAGCCGUCUUUCAGAAAUACGUGCCAUCCUUCACAGGAUACAGCCAGCAGGACGCUCAGGAGUUCUUAAAAUUUCUCAUGGAUCGGUUGCAUGUGGAGAUUAAUAGGAAAGGGCGCAAGACUCUCAGCAUCCUCUCUGAUGCCAAGCGGCCCUCAGUACUAGAGGACACGGACACCUUGAGUGAUGACGAACAAGCCAACCAGAUGUGGAAGCGCUACCUGGAGCGAGAAGACAGCAAGAUAGUAGAUCUCUUUGUUGGCCAAUUGAAAAGCUGCCUCAAGUGUCAAGCGUGUGGCUACCGGUCGACCACGUUUGAAGUUUUCUGUGACCUCUCCCUGCCUAUCCCAAAGAAAGGCUUCACCGGUGGGAAGGUAUCUCUGCUAGACUGCUUCAGCCUCUUCACCAAGGAGGAGGAGCUGGAUUCUGAAAACGCACCAGUGUGUGACAAAUGCCGGCAGAGGACCCGAAGCACCAAGAAGUUGACCAUCCAGCGCUUUCCCCGCAUCCUUGUGCUACACCUGAACCGGUUCUCCACCACCCGUUACUCCAUUAAGAAAUGCUCCGUGUUUGUGGAUUUCCCCCUCCAGCAGCUCAACCUGAAAGAGUUUGCCAGCGAAAAGGCCGGCACCCCUGUGUACAACCUCUAUGCCCUGUGCAAUCAUUCUGGCAGCGUCCACUACGGCCACUACACAGCCUUCUGCAAGGACCAGUCUGGCUGGCGGGUUUACAACGACUCCCGGGUGUCUCCCAUCAGUGAGAACCAGGUCCCGUCCAGUGAGGGCUACGUCCUUUUCUAUGAGCUGGACGACAUGCACUGGAAGAAGCAGUAAUAGUAUUGGAACCCAGCACUUUUGGCCCUCUUACCUCAUAGAGACUGGUGCUUGGGUCUUUUAAAAAAAUCAUUUAAAAAAAGCGACGACGACAAAAAAACCAAUAAAAAAACAAACGACACUGUGUGGGGUUUGUUUCUACGAGUGACCCGGGUCAUCCACUUCUCCAUAUAUGUACCCAGGUUUCCUUUUUAUUUUAUUUUUUUCCUCAUUUGUUCUUUUUUUAAAAUAAAAAUCACCAGGUCUUAAGGCGGGAUGUGAGCGAAGAGGUUGCAGGGCAAGGCCUGGCAGAGAAAGAGAGAGAGAAUGUGUGAGUGUGUGUGAGAGAGCUUGUGAAAGGAUGUGUGUGGGGGGGAGGAAGAAUGCACAGAGCCUCCAUUAUCCGUCCGCUUGCCCCCCCCCCAAGCCCUCAGGGGAAAUAACAUGCGCUUACCCCUCAGUCUGACUGUGGCAGCCACUACUGAUUUUAAACGACUAUGUGACUUUGUAUAUAUAAUGAUGGGUUUGUACAUAGAUGACGAGAAAAAUGAAGAGGUUGAAACUUUUUUUGUGAAUAAAUUUACUAAAA